AUGAGGAGUUGGGAGGAAUCCGUCCAGACUGGCCCACUUCCACCACUAGUCUGGCCCAUUAGCCCGCCGCUAUAUAAUAUUGGGUCGACACUGAAACAGGAGCGGAAGAAAUCAAUUGCGUUUGGCAAUAUCACGGCAGACAACAAACACCCGGAAACGGCCUACGUAUUUGUUUGUCUGGAGAUCGUUUACCAUCCGGAUGCGCCCCUUUGUGCGCUCGAGGACGCUUGUUCUGAGGAUAUGCAAGAUGAUCAAAAUCAUGAGAUCUCUUGGAAAAGUGGUUUGCUAGUAGUAGCCCAAGUUACAUGUACCGCUGGUAAAGUUUUCGCUCUCGGUUAUUGGCCGCUCUUCAAUAACACAGAAUCGUCACUCGGCCACUCUCAACAUGAUUCAGUAUUGCGCUGGUCUUUGCUCCCUAAACAUAUAGAAAUGGUAUCUCUAGACUCGGCGUAUGCCUCCAUGGCAACGUCAUCCGCAACCCCUAUCGGCUCGACCGUCUUUCUAUCCAUUUCCUUCGUCGCCAUCUGCUUGCUCACUUUGUUACUUUUACGGCGAUUCUUGACCCUUCGCGCGACACCCGCAUAUAUAACAGUCCCCGUCUUCCUGGCUUUGGUCCUUCCCGCUAGUGUUGUCCUUCUCGUUCCCGUGGAUUUGGCAUCGAGCUCAAGAGAGAAAGGAAAAGGCGCAAAUGGAGUUUGGUUACCAAACCAUGCGGUCUUGGUGCUAUGGCGUAUAGCAUAUUGGCUGAUAUUCUGUUUGACCUGGGUCAUUCUACCACUGUUAGGUGAUUUCGUGGAUUCCGGAUAUCGUGACCCGAAAAGUCGUCUGAUGUACUCCUUGCGCUCUAAUGCUCGAUAUCAACUCACCGUUCUUUGUUGCGGUAUCAAUGGAUUCGACUUCACUUCCAUCAGGUCGCUAGUCAUGGCUCUUGCUUAUGUGUGGGGUUUGAUACUGGCUAUCUAUCUGAUGGGCCACGGACUUGUCUCGAUUCCUCGAUCAUUCUUUCGAAAGGCCAAUACUGCUGAUGCUCUACGAAGACUUCAGGCGCAUGCACCAAAAAUCCACGACCGUCUGACUGAUGCAGUAACUGAACUGGAGGAAGUCGAGGCCCAAGUGGCCCAGCUACAACGGCGAAAAACCGGCACUGCACGCAUGUUCGAGGACUGGAUUGAAGAACUUGCCGAUUAUACGACCGUACCAGACUCGCGUCCUGCAGCUCUACACUCACUUGCGGAACCUACAGCGGUUCCGGCGGUAAUUACAGAACGAUAUAUGGCAGGUUUGUCACGACGACUACAGCGUGCGCGGCACCAGAAGGCACGAUUCGUGGACGAAUGGGACCGCCUCGUUCGCUCAGCGGCUGAUUACCAGAUGAUACUCAACUCCAAGGCGUCGAAGAAGCUUGAUUUUGGACCUGUCGGCGGCUCUGAGGCCGUGUCCGCCUCGCGUAGAGCCGGACUCAUUUCCCCUUAUAUGCGAUACGUUAUAUACGUACAUGUACUGCCGGGCCUAAGGCUUCUUCUAGGAGCGACAUUUUCCGCCGCGUCUUUCUGCGUCGUCUGGUCCGAAGUUAUCAGAAAGAUUGCCCCGAAGCUGUGCAUUAUUAGCUUGAGCUUGGUUCCUGAUGCGGACAAUGCCCACAUCGGGCUAGGAGGUCAGUUAAUAGCCUCGCUAUGGCUAUUGUACAUGUGCACCGCUGCUUUGAAAGGCGUCAAUGAUGCCCAGGUCUGGGGCAAUAGGGCUUUGGUACGUCGAAAUACGUAUGGUGAAAGUGCGUGCUGGUAUGCUGGACAGGUUGCCAAGUUGACCGUGCCACUGGCAUAUAACUUUCUUACUUUGCUACCCCGUGAGCUGCAAGAUGACACGACUUUCUACCAUUUCCUUGGACAAUAUAUUAAUUUGACACCGUUGGGCAAGGGAUUUGAAUACUUCCCAGUCUUUCUACUUCUUCCAGUCUGUGCCACCAUGUUCAACCUCUAUGGACGAAUCAAGAAGAUCUUUGGUUUUGGUUUUGUGGAUGACGAAGAAGAUCCCGAGGCGGACCCCGGUGGUUUUGGGACGGGAGGCUGGAGAGAAGGACGUGCUCUCAUUGAACGAGAACUGGUCGGAUUAGGAUCUCUAGGGUUGACUUCCAGAUCCCUUGACUCUGGGCGCAAUACUGGACUCGCUGCGUCUUCUUCUUCUACCUCACUUCAUACCUCGCGCGCAGCUUCUCCACAACCUGGCUGGUCCUCAUCGUCAACUCUACCAAGAUCUUCAUCUCGCGCUCCCUUGAUCGCGCCCUCAUCGUCGGCAAAUGCGGUAACAGCUACUACUGUUAUUGAUGACGGGACCGCCGAAGAAGACAACUUCUUCCAGUCCUUUGCGCACCGGGUCCGAAAUACCAUUGAUACGGCUUCCACUCCGAAAUGGCUUCAAGGCGGGUUCCCAAAUAUCAGUGCGCCGAAAUGGCUGAAUUCGAGUCGGGAGAACUCGGGCUCAAACAACGGAUCUACUGAAGGAGGUAACAAGAUAUUUGGAGGUUUAUUUGGCCAACGGUCAUCUGACGGACACGUACGGCUAUGAGCCGUUCGACGUUGGGUUGGUUUAUGAAUGGCAUGGGAAAGGCGUUGUCUCACUUUUUUUACUCUGGUUUUCUUUGUAUAUAUUAAUGUGUGUGGCUGCGUACACAACUCAAGGAUAGGUUAAUAGAGUAACAUAAUUCU